GUGCUAUUCUCUCUUAUAUUAUGUGUAAAGCCAUGAAUAGAAAUUUAACAAGUGUUAUUUUUGGUGGAUUUGAUGUUAAUCCAGCUGCUAUUUAAUCUACUAAAGUUGAAGGUACUCACACUGAAAUCAAUGUUGAAUAAGCUGUUGAAAUGAUGGUUGGUAGCAAAUCUAUCAUCAUUGUUCCUGGAUAUGGUUUGGCAGUUGCUAAAGCAUAAUAUCCAGUUGCUGAAAUGUGCAAGACACUUAUUGAUUAAGGAAUUAAAGUUAGAUUUGGUAUACAUCCAGUUGCUGGUAGAAUGCCUGGUUAAUUGAAUGUCUUAUUAGCUGAAGCUGGUAUUCCUUAUGAUAUUGUGUUUGAAAUGGAUGAAAUUAAUGAUGAUUUCCCUGAUACUGAUCUUGCUGUUGUAAUUGGAGCUAAUGAUACUGUAAAUUCAGCUGCUGAAGAGAAUCCAAAUUCACCAAUUGCAGGUAUAUUAUUCAAUUAAUUUUUUAGGAAUGCCUGUAUUAAGAGUUUGGGCUGCUAAAUAAUGUAUAGUUAUGAAGAGAUCCAUGGGUGUUGGAUAUGCUGCUAUUGAUAAUCCAGUAUUCUAUAAACCAAAUAACAAUAUGUUAUUAGGUGAUGCUAAGAAAACUUGUGAUGAACUUUCCUCAAAAAUAAAAGAACAUUUUAAAUGAUAAAUUAAUUAUGUUG